AGUGCGGGGAGGCACGCUGGGGGCGCGGCGUGUCUGGGGACAUCUUGUGAUGUUGGCGAGAACAGGACAUGAUCUCACAUGGCGAGAAGCUCUUUAGUUCCUUAAUCAUUUCACGGUGCCUUCGGACGCUUUUUUUCCACCUAAAACGUUUAGUUUCAGCUCAGUGAUCAGCUACCCCAGCUCGGCGGGGGAGCGGAAGGCUUGAAUUAUUCCGACCUGCGAGCGGCCCCUGAGACCCAAAAAAAAAAAAAAAAAGCACCAAAAAGUGGAAACUUUUUUUCCCUGUCCAUUACAUCAAGUUCUGAAAAAUCAAAAUGGAUUUAGAGAAAAAUUACCCGACUCCUCGGACCGGCAGGACAGGACAUGGAGGAGUGAAUCAGCUUGGGGGGGUUUUUGUGAAUGGACGGCCACUCCCAGAUGUAGUCCGCCAAAGGAUAGUGGAACUUGCUCAUCAAGGUGUCAGGCCCUGCGACAUCUCCAGGCAGCUUCGAGUCAGCCAUGGUUGUGUCAGCAAAAUCCUUGGCAGGUAUUAUGAGACGGGGAGCAUCAAACCUGGGGUAAUUGGAGGAUCCAAACCAAAGGUUGCCACACCCAAAGUGGUGGAAAAAAUCGCUGAGUAUAAACGCCAAAAUCCCACCAUGUUUGCCUGGGAGAUCAGGGACCGGCUGCUGGCGGAACGGGUGUGUGACAAUGACACGGUGCCCAGCGUCAGUUCCAUCAACAGGAUCAUCCGGACAAAAGUACAGCAGCCGCCCAACCAGCCGGUCCCAGCUUCCAGUCACAGCAUAGUGUCCACCGGCUCCGUGACGCAGGUGUCCUCGGUGAGCACGGACUCAGCCGGCUCCUCCUACUCUAUCAGCGGCAUCCUGGGCAUCACGUCCCCCAGCGCCGACACCAACAAGCGCAAGAGAGACGAAGGUAUUCAGGAGUCUCCUGUGCCGAAUGGUCACUCACUGACGGGCAGAGAUUUCCUCCGGAAGCAGAUGCGGGGAGACCUGUUCACGCAGCAGCAGCUGGAGGUGCUGGACCGCGUGUUUGAGAGGCAGCACUACUCGGACAUCUUCACCACUGCAGAGCCCAUCAAGCCCGAGCAGACCGCCGAUUAUUCUACCAUGGCCUCGCUGGCUGGAGGGCUGGACGACAUGAAGGCCAACCUGACCAGCCCUACCCCUGCCGACAUCGGGAGCAGCGUGCCGGGGCCACAGUCCUACCCCAUUGUGACAGGCCGCGACUUGGCGAGCACGACCCUCCCCGGGUACCCUCCGCAUGUCCCCCCCGCCGGACAGGGCAGCUACUCAGCGCCGACACUGACAGGGAUGGUGCCUGGGAGUGAGUUUUCCGGGAGCCCCUACAGCCACCCUCAAUACCCCUCGUACAACGACUCCUGGAGGUUCCCCAACCCAGGCCUGCUCGGCUCCCCGUACUAUUACAGCGCCGCUGCCCGAGGAGCUGCCCCGCCCGCAGCUGCCACGGCCUACGACCGUCACUGACCCCAGGAGCCAGGCAGGCGCCAAGCACUUAUGACACAUAUCACUGAAGGCCAUAGCCUCCCAGCCCCCUCCGAACACAGCCAGAGGGGCCCAAUGAGACCGUCCCCACAGCAACCCCCCACUCGCCUGAAACUCCCUUCCCCUUUUCCUGCCAGGGACUCUGGGCUUCUAUGGUAGCGCUGUUGGACUUCUAGACACCCGUCCAUUUCUAAGAGUCAGUUGAUGAGCUUCUCCCGAUGUGACUGGGUCUCCACAAACCAACAGACUGAUCUGCAGACAACUGCAGCCCCAGCCCAGCCUGCCAGCCCCCUAGCUGUCUGACCACCUGCCCGUCUUCCUGCCCCAGGCCUGGGAAGGAGAGUUUUUGCUUUUGUUGCUUCAACAGCACCCAUGUAAAUACCUUACUGCUUUUUUGUGGGCCUGAGGGUCCAACUGAGCAGACUGCCCAGCCAUUAUGCAUCCAGCACUCCCACCAUGUCACAGGAUGACUUAGACCUGUACACAGAGCAUCCCCUCUGCUCUGGGUACCCCCUGAAGGUGUGUUUGGAGAUGCCCUUGAGACUAAGGAUGCCCACCCCCAGGCCCCAGCUCCAUGCUCAUUGCUACUUCUUUAAUAUCUGGACUAAGAGUCUCAUUGGGUUGGCUUUGCUCUAAGCAACCCCCCCUCAAGACCCCUCCCUGGCUUCCUGCCCCCAUUUCCCUGGGCCCAGUGCAGUGCGAGCAGCUCUUUUCCGUAUCAAAGGACUCAAAAAGAACUGUCUAGGAGAUUCCUCAGCUACUGUUUUAAAGUAAGAUGUCGUCCAAGGUGCUGAUUGCAUUGUGGACUUGGAAUGUUAGGGCUGGACGGGACCCAGGAGAUGAUGGUCCAAGGCAGGCCUGAGGCUCUCCAGACCCCCAGCCCCUGGAACCACUGAACUGAACUGGGAUGUGUCUUCUGAGGUGUGCCCAGGCUCAAAUCACAUUGGACACCUACCACGGACACUUCUCCUACCCUCCAGGAUGCCAGUGAGUGGAUUCUGGGCAAGCCUGUCCCUGCCACAUAGACAAUGAUUAACAAAAAAGACUUUGCCUGGACCAAGGACCACAAACACCUACAGCAGUCAGCCAGAACUCCCUGACCAGCCCCUCCCCGGCCUCAUGGCGCCUAGUGUGCAUCUGGGAACAGAGGUGCUCUGUGGGGGCGGGUGCAUGACUUGCAUAGUGGGUACCUACCUGUUGAUGCAAGGGGCUGUGAUGGUCAGGGCCAUGGCCAAGGGCCUCGGGAGCCUGGAGUGGGAGCUGGGAUAAUUCACUGUCGGCUGGAGUGGUCAGAAAAAGCCACCUGGGAGGAUCUGGGGGACAGAUGAGAGGAACAAGACAGGCAGUGAGGAAUUGGUGUGUGAACUGGGAAUGGUUUUGAAAUGGAGGUACCAGGGCCACCAUCUCUUUGCCUGGGGCCUCAACUCCUUGCACAGUAUCUCUUGCCAACUCAGAAGAGACAGGUAGAGGCCCCAUCCAAACAGGGACUGAAUUACCACAAUGACAGUGGACUUUGCCCUCUCCUGUGACAGUGUGCCUGAUGUCUGCAUGUCACUAAGCUGGCAGAGAGCUGGGGCAGAGGGAGCCCGCACUUGAGGUUAUCAGGCCUAAGAGGUCUUGUCCUGGCCGCACCUCUGCCUGCCUUGCUGUGUGUCCUCCGGCAAGACUGUUCACCUCUCUGAGCCUCAGCUGCCUUGGUAGAGCAGGGUCCCCUGCAGAACUACCCGACAGCUCUCUCCUUCCCUUCCCUUCUCCUGGGGCGCUGAGGCUGUGACACGGGCCUCUGGGCAAGCCCUCCAUGUCCGAGCAGGCAUCGUGGGGCACUGGAGUCCUGCUAAUGUUUGGGCCAAGUGAAAAACAAAGAGCACCUAGGGGGGUGAAACUCAGCUUUGAGGAAGACCUAAGUCAGCUCCCCUUAGGGGAAACUGAGGCCCAGCUUGGGGAAGCCCAGGACCGUGCAGGGAGACAGAGCGGACCUCCUCUGGCCACCACCAAGUAUCCCCCGACCCCACAAUGCCCUUACAAGGUGGUGGGAUAGAAGAAGAAACCGAGGCUUAGCAAGGUGGAGUCCCCAGGCAGUGACUGGUGGAGGUGAGGCUGGGACUCGGCCCCCUGACCCCUGGCAUGUAGCGAUGCUCUCAUCCCUGGGGCAGGAAGUCAACAGUGAGGGCAGCAGGAGAUGGUUCUGGGCCACCACUUCAGAUGAGGUGUCCUGGAGCUGCUAGAACUGCCGAGGAAGCCCAGCAGUGGAGCCAGUGAGCUCACCGCAGGUACACCCACCGCCCUGGAACCUGCUGUGCCAAGAAAGGAGGCAGCUGGGGUCAGAGCUCGCCUCCAGGAGCCCAGAUGAACCAGCUCCAGCCUCCACCUGCCGGGCAAGGUAGGAGCAGAUAUGUUACCUGGACCCUCCCACCUUCCCUCCCUUCCAGAGAAAGUGGUGGAGUCUGGGGUCUGCAGCAUCGGCCUCUUGGCCUCUGGCACCCAGAUCCUUGGAUCCUGAUGCUCCUAUGGUCUCAGGCUGUUGGGAGGAGGUCAGCCUUCCCUGAACCGGCUACCUAAGGCGCACGCCGUCCUUCCUCGGCAAAGCCCACCUGGCCCCAAGUGCACCACUCUCCCCAUCCUGUUCCUCCUCCUGACCUGUGAUGAGCUCCCUCCAUGCUUUUUCUCUCUCCCCUGAGGCUCUGCAGGUCCUCAGAUUGCAUUUAUAUUGAUUACUACCACUGAUUCCUGGGCUUCCAGGCAGAAGCACAAGCGCACACGGACGCACGUGCAUGUUGCCACACACGUACCUGCUCUCACCAGCUGAGUUCCCCACGCUGCCCAAGGAGCUUCCUGGGAGCUUGGAGAGGAAGGUUCCAAAGGACACAAGCCGUUGAGUAGAUGCCAGAGAAUUCUGAAGGAAAACACAAGGCCAGGGCUUUCACCAGCAUUGUGGCAGGAGGUCUGGGGCAUUCCUCCAUGGGCCUUCAGCCCUGUGUUCCAGCUCUUUUUGAAAAGGACAUUGUAGAUUUUACGAAGAUUUUUCAUACCAUUAGUCUAUCUGAAACCAAGAAAAAUAUGAUGACAUAUCAAACCCAACAUCCCUUUCCCAAGGCGCCUUAGUUAGGGUUAGCCCUUUCAUAACUGAUGUUUGUAUGGUGCUUUGCAAUCCUUGACCAUCCCAUGGGGCAAAGAUCACAAUGCCCAUUUUAUAGAUGGAAAAACUGAGAUUUAAGGCUCACAUGGCAAGAUAGAGGUAAAGAGAAUUCUCAGAUUUCCAGGACUCAUUCUCUCCAGAUUCAUGCUCCUGUCAUGGGCAUGUGUGGCUUAGAAACACCCUUCAGUCCCCUAGAAACCGCCAGACCUGCAAUAAGGAAAGAAAAAACAGAGACUCAGAGGCUGGCCUGACGUAGGGGCCAGGGGGUUGGUAGCUUUGCUGGUCCAACUUGAUUCCCAUUAACACUGAAAACUGCAGAGUCUUUGCCACAUUCACACCAACUCUUCUGAGGUUUCAUCCCGACUCAUUCCCUGCUGUGCCCGAGACUCAGAGGGAGUUGGAGCUUAUCCAAGGCCACAGCACAAGCCCUGACAGGGCCUGGACGUGGGCCCAGCUCUGACUCCCAGGGUCCAGGGCUCCAGCCUCAUGAGCUGUCCCCACACUCCUCUUGUCUUUGUCCUUCUUGCUGUGGAACAGACUUCAAAUCUGACUGUGACAAUAUGCAGCAGUCCCCAGAUUCGGGCCAUCAGGGGUGCCCAGAGCCCUGGGAAGCACAGAUCACUAUCUCAAGGGCCCUGGACCAGCUGCUUCCCAGGCCAUGCUGGUGGGGUGACCUUGCUGCUUCUGCAGGGCACGGGCAGCCUGGGCAGUGGGGGCUUGCCCUACCCAGUGGCAUUCAAGUGUGAAAACUUUUAAAAUGCUCUGUCAGCCAAAAAAAAAAAAAAAGUCUAUGGGUAAAAUCUGACCCACGGGUCACCAGCUUGUGAGCCCCAUUCUUUGUCCAAUGCCUCCUUUCUUCUUCACCUCCUUGUCCUUCAUUGCAGAUGAAGGACAUCGGGGGAGAUGGGAGCGCAGAGAGGUAAGAGAUGAGGUUCAAGUUGUCCAGCAAGUCAGUGUCAGGAACAGGCACCCCCAGUACCUAACUCUCUCCCUCCCACACUCUGGGCUCUUGCAGGCUGUUUGGGCUUUGCAGGCGGGAUGGGUAGACCGUCGGAGUGGGUAGGGAUAGGGGACUGUUGGCUUCGAGGGGAGGUCAGUGCUGCCGGCGUCUUUCACAUGCCCAGGGAAGAGCCCCAGAUGUGGCCACAGGGCACUGAGGGAUGAAAUCCCUUUAUGAGAAGUCACAUCCAGAGCGUCUGCCCUGCCUUGGCAACCUCUGACUCCAGCUACCCCUUUCUGGAUGACAUUUCAGUUAGAAUUUAGCUCCAAGCCACGGAGAGGCAAUCUUAAAAACAAGCCAAGCACUCCUGACAAAUACCUGGAAACAAGAUGUGUCUGAGACACAACUGCCACAAGGGUAGAGAAAAAAUCCAGGCCCCUGGAUAGGCCAGGCCCAGGCCAGAGUUGGUGGAUCCACAGCGCCGGGGGCUAGACCAGCUCCCCAGCGGCCCCGCUAGGAGGCGGCUCUGCGGCCUUGGCCUCUCACCCAUCCAGGAGCCGCCUCUGACGGUUUCCAGGCACGCACACCAGUGCUCCUGGAGAAUACAUUCCUUUAGUUCUUUUGGCCUCGGAGAGGUCCAAGGCAAGUGCAUUUCUUAAAAGGUAACAAAAUACAUUACUGGAAAGUUGGACAGUCAGGCCAUGACUCCUAGCCUGCAUUCUGCCCCACCUCCUGGCAGCCCCUUUGGCCCCUUGUCCCCGUACCUCAGGAUUUCCUUUUGCAUAUUCAUGGCAGAGCCGAGGUGUCCAUCCACCUUCCCCACUGUCAGCGCGGCUGUGCCUCCAGAGUGGCGGCCAGGUCCCAGGGGGCCGACUGGGAGCGAGCCCCUUGCCUGCCCGCUCUCCUGACCAGGGACCUGCAGCUUCUCUGACACGGGCUGCUUGCUGACAGCAGGCAGGCACCAGCCUAUCUUUCAUUCACUGUAAUUUCUCAACACUGGGGUCCCGUUCCUGGACCCCACGGAUCAAAGGGGACCUCAGGGUCACGUCCCUGCCAUUCUAGAGUUUCAAUCCACAUGUUCCCAGGGGUCCUGUUUAGCUCAUCUCCAAGUUAAGGGUACAUAUAACUACCAGUCAGUAAGUCUAUUCUUCUUCCCACAUCUUAGACCCCUGAGCCACAUGAGGAGAAAAUGCAGCAGUUUAUCUAUUUAUUGAGGGAAUCUUGAUGAAUUGUAAAAGGGGGUCAGUCUCAGGUGGUAUAUUUGGCCUCUGGGCAGGAGGGAGAGGGCAGGAAUCCUGCCCUUCAGCUUCGGGCAGCUCUGAGCCUGGCCGGGAGAGAGAAGUGUGUGGAACAGCAGGCGGAGGGACCCCUUGGGAGUUAUGUGCCUCCCUCCCUGACUCUGCGGCCUGGCUGGAGGAGGCCCAGCUGCAGCCUCACCCAUCCCAACCUGGACCCACCCACUCCUGCAGCCAGAGGGGCCCCUCAUCCCCACAAUUGCCACUCUUGUGACAACACCCCUCAUCUUCUCCAAAAGCACCAUUAAGAACAAGUGAUUUUGGAUGAUGGAUUUUUGAUUUACAAACGGUGCAUUUCCCUUGGAGUGGAACAGAAAGGAAACCAUUUAAUGGCUCCCUUAUUUUCAAGCAUGAAUACAUUUUAAUGAAACUAUUUUAUUGUAUUUGAGGAAAUGGAGAGUUGAACAUUCCAACCAAUCAAUAGCCAAUUAAUUGCUAUAAAGCUAAAAAGAAAAUAAAUAAGUCCUGAGUCUAUUUUAAACACCCUGCAAAGCUCAGAGCCUCCGAAUCUGGCCUCCCUUUCCAAACGUGCCCAGGUGAGUGUACACACGCACGCACAGGCAUGCGCACCCCAACACCUCAGACGUACUUGAAACUCAGAGAAAGCACUGAGUCUCCUCAUGCCAAUUCUUGCCUGCUCUUCUCACCUUUGGUCAGAGGAGAUGAGCAGACCUGGCAGUAGCCUAUCCCGGGGCUCAGGAAGAGGCAGGCCCAUGCCCUGGUCCCAAGGCGCCAGCACAGUGUGGGGUAGCGGGCAGUGAGGCCACACUUCUUGGCCCCAGCUUCCGGGCCUCCAGGUUUGGGCCAAGAGUGGAAAUCUGACUCGGUUUUUGCCCUGACUCUUGCUGGAAGAUGCUGCCCUGGUUUUUCAGUCUCUAGUGGCCUUGGACAUGGAGUAUUUGUAGAAAUGCUGAUUACAUUGCAAAUGGAACUCUUUGCCAGGAAGACACGUGGAUUUUGCUUUUCAUUCUUUGCAACAGUUGACUUUGUCUUAGGGACUGACCUUCCAGCAUCAAAGAAAUACAUAUCUACUGUUACCGCCAAAGUUUGUGAUGCCUGCAUAGACGCUUACUUGUAAAAAAAAAAAAAAAAAAAAAAAAAAAAAAGUACAAAAAAAACCCCCCACAAUUGAAUUGCCUUUCAAAGUAGGAGAUGAUCUGUCUCCAACAGAUUGAAAAAAAAAAUGCUUCUUAAAAAAUGUGUAUGUUUUGUAUUCUUUUUUUCUAGUAGAAAAUAAUUGACUUGAAAUAUUGGUGGUUUUUUUUUCUUAGUGAUGUGUGUUGCUUUUGUGUGUAAUAAUAUUUGAAUGUAAUUACAGCAGUGCCAAUUUGCCAAAGAUGUUGGACAUAUUUUUCUUUUGUUGGGAGGAGGGCAGGGGCUGGGGGUGGGACUUGGGAGAAAAGAGGGGUGGGAUUUUGGUUUCAUUUUUAACUUUUUUUCUUGUCAAACCUGGAAUUUGUGGUUUUAUUCUAAGUUAAAUGGUUGACUGCAACACAUUUAUUUUAGGUUAGUUGGAGAAACCUGCAAUAAGAUUGGCGUAGUUUCAAUAUCUGUGUGACUUUUCAUGAGUGACUGUUACUUGUGAAGAAUUGAUUUUAUGUAACCUUUAUGUGAGAUAAUUAUUUGUAAAUAUUUGCCAUAAUUUUAUUGGUUCCUAAAAUAAAAGUAAUUUUUUAAGUUCAGAAAAAGAA